UCUAUCUCUCUCUCCUUUUCAUCUUUCCCUUUCUUUUCUUUAUUAACUCGUUUAUUAUCUCCAGGCAUAUAUAAAGCGAGGGAGAGGUUCAGAGGAGGAGAAAAUAGAUAGAUUCGAGACACAGAGAAAGAGAAGAGGCGUUUUCCGCUUCUAUCUUCCCGUCGUCGCAUCCUAUAUUUCUUCCUCCUCCCCUUCCAAUCGCAGAAGACAAGAAAAUUUUCAGGUUUUCGUUGUUCAGUGUAUGUAUUUCUGUUUCAAAUAUGAAUUCGAUGGGUGCAGUUUGGGAUUUGGUCACAAAGCUGAGAUUUUUAACGAUCGAUCGGUCGAUCUGAAGAACGAAAAUCCUCGCACGGGAGUUCAAAGGAGAGAAAACCUAAUAUGGCGGAAGAACAUAGAUGCCAAGCUCCUGAGGGCCACCGUCUCUGUGCCAACAACUGCGGAUUCUUCGGUAGCCCUGCUACGCUAAAUCUAUGUUCGAAAUGUUACAGGGACCUUCGCCUCAAGGAGGAACAAGCAUCCUCCGCCAAGAUCGCCGUCGAGAAAUCCCUUGCUGCCUCCUCGUCCUCUUCCUCCUCCGCUGCCCUGUCAACCGAUCCCGUUUCUCACCCGCUUGUAAAACUUCCGAACGAAACCCCUGCGGAUCAUCCGCUCACCGUGCCGGCAUCCGUUGGGUCACCUUCGGCGGCUCCGCAGCCGAACCGAUGCGCAACGUGUCGGAAGCGUGUCGGACUGACCGGGUUCAAGUGCCGAUGCGGGAUCACGUUAUGUGGUUCGCACCGGUACCCGGAGCAGCAUGGCUGUACCUUCGAUUUCAAGGCGUUAGGGAGGGAGGCCAUCGCUAAAGCGAACCCCGUCGUCAAAGCCGAGAAGCUGGAUAAGAUUUGAUCUUGAUACGAUAUGGUUUGAUCUGGACCGUGGAUCUGUUCGAUCGGUCGUGAAUGGGGAGGGUCAGGGGUCAGGGCUUGUUUGUGAAGCGGAGGUACCGCUAAGGGUGGGUGCGAUUGUCGGCGUCUGGCAGUCGGUCGUGUGAUGCCGCCGGCGUGUAGCGAUGGUUGAAUUUGAGGCAUGCCUGUAAAAAAUAAAAAAAAAAUGCGAAAAAAGCCGAGAGAUUAAUGUUUUAUAAAUCUUUCUGUUAAUGAUAAUUUCUGUGGUUGUUUGGUGGAA